GAUUGAAGAUGGCGCAGCAUGAAAACCUGUCUGUGGUGCUCUAUGAAAAGAAUGAUCUGAGACUGGAAAAUCGACCAAUUCUAGAACCAGGUCCUAACGACCAAUCUUUUCACAGCUUUUACUGCCAAUCUCAUGGGUUGGUUUCAACAGUUUCUACAUGACUGCCUCUAUCUGUGUCAACCAGAAAAAGAUUUCAAGCCUUUUCAACAAAAAGUGACCAUUAUUUGUACAACGCCUUCAAUUAGCGUGAAUAUUAUCAAACAAAAUCUGACUCAAAGCCACAAGAGAAGAUAUUGGGGUAGAUAGCCAGAAACAUAGUCAUGGGUAUGUUUUAAGGAGUGCAUAAAAGAAGGAAUGAAAGGCCAAGAUGCAAAUAAGUUGAUGAGGAAAUUCCAAAUCUUAUGCAACCAGAAAUAUGGCCACUCAUCAGAUUUGGAAAGAACAGACUUCCUUGAGGUUUACAUGCCUGAGGGUGAUAAAGAGUGUACAGGGAUUUGAAACCACAGCAUAGGUAAAUAGGACCUAGAGCACAACACCAAUAGUUUUGGAUAUCAUAGUUUGGAAGCAAUAAGAUCAAAGCUAACUAGAAGUAGAUCGGACAAGGGAUGUCUCAAGGUAUUAAAGCUUUGGACUGGAGCUGCAGCAGUAGAAUUGAUGCAGAUACAUAGUUGAGAGAUGGUUUGGCCAUUAGGGCUCUUGCUUAUUCCAUGGAUAUGUGCUAAUAAUCUUCUCUAGCAGUUUUAUAUUUUGGCAAGUUUGUAACUGCUUUAUUCAGAUGCACGGGCAAUGACUAGGGAACUUCUCUCAGCCUGAUAAUUGGGUAUAAGUGAAAACUCAAAAGAUAUAAUGAUGAGGUUAAGCUGGAUGCCAUCAGCUUACUUAUGGACAAUGAUACUGUAUUUUCUUUUGAGAGAGAGGAUUAGCAGAGAUAACAGUGUUGGAAGAGAAAGUUGAGUAGGUUAAGAGAAACACAAAUGGAACCAAAUGAACGUCUUCCCACCCAAUUAGACAACAGUUAGGAAUGAUGUUGUUAGAUGUAAAAAGCUUCAGACUGGCCAAGAGGAUGAGAAGGAAUAGAUAAUCUGUGUCGCAAUCACAAAGAAUGUCAUUAGUGACAUUGAUAAGAGAUGUUUCAGUUCUGUGGCAGAGUUGGAAACCUGAUUGGAUCCGAAUCAAUGGUCCUUUUAAAUGAAGUCUUGCUGAAAAUGCAUUCAGUCGGGAUCUGUGGCUCUGAUGUCCAUUUUUGGCAAAAUGGAGGAAUUGGAGAUUUUAUUCUGAGAAAACCAAUGGUCCUGGGGCAUGAAGCCUCAGGAACUGUGUUUAAACUGGGAUCUGGAGUCCAACAUCUUAAACCAGGUGACAGAGUUGCAAUUGAACCGGGGGUCCCAAGGGAAAAUGAUGAGUUUUGCAGAACUGGACGGUACAACCUCUCCCCGUCAGUUUUUUUCUCUGCAACUCCUCCUGAUGAUGGGCAACUUUGCCAAUACAAUUUGCAUAAUGCCAACUAUUGCUACAAGCUCCCUGAUUCUGUGAGCUUUGAAGAAGGUGCCUUAGUUGAACCUCUUUCCGUUGCUAUUCAUACCUGCCGCAGAGGAGGAGUAACAAUUGGUAGCAAAGUUUUUAUAUUAGGAGCAGGAACAAUUGGACUUGUGAAUCUCCUUGUUUGCAAGGCCAUGGGAGCAUCUCAGAUUUUGAUCUGUGAUCUGUCACAAAACCGACUGAAAAAGGCAAAGCAGAUGGGAGCUAAUUUCACCAUUGCCGUAGAGAAAAACACAAGUGCCAAGGAUCUGAGCCAAAAAGUGAAGGAAGCUCUUGGUGGAGCAAUGCCUGAUAUAUCUAUUGAGUGCACUGGGGCAGAAUUAUGUAUCCAAGCAGGUAUUCAUGCAACAAAGUCUGGCGGCGUUUUGGUUCUGGUUGGUUUGGGCAAACCUUUUGCAAAUAUUCCAAUAUUAGAAGCGGGAAUUCGGGAGAUAGAUAUCCGUGGGGUAUUCAGAUAUUGCAACACGUGGCCUGUGGCAAUUGAUAUGUUGGCUUCAAAGAGAAUUGAUGUGAAGUCUCUGGUCACACAUCGCUUUCCCUUGGAAGAAGCUCUCAAAGCUUUUGAAACAACAAAGGAAGGUGUGGGGAUCAAGAUUAUGCUGAAAUGCGAUUCCAGCGACCAGAAUCCCUGAAAAGCAUUUUGUGUAUUUGCUUAUAGUUAUCACUACUUGGCAGUCAAUGACCGAUUUGAGAUUGGGAGAGGUAUUUACAAAGGUGAUUUCGCAGAUAAUUGAGCACGCAAUGUACAAAUGACCCUAUUAGUUAUACAUUUAUGGUUACUUUUAUUUUAAAUCACAUCAAUUACAUGCAAAGGAAAAUCAGGGAUCAGUUUAGAUGCCAUAGCACCCAUUAAAUAAUGUUCUAAACUCCUCUUCCCGAAGUCAAGAAUGAUCUAAUUCCUUGACGUUUCUGGCUAAUAUCUAUACAGGAAGUCUAUAGCUGGGGCAGAUAUCGAUGGGUUGGGAGAAUGGAUUGAUUGGAUUCCCGUGUCCUUCUGUGUUGGCACUUUGCCUCCGCCUGGUUCCAUUGGAGAGAUACAAAGUGCUUGGUGUCUUCCUGUAUGACUCUCCAUCAUUUUGGGAGGCCUCUGACCAAAGAUUCCCAUGAAUGUGUGAGGCUGUUUAAAUUUUUUUCCAGCAAGCACUGACAACAUCCUUGAAACAUUUUCUCAGUUGUGAUCGAGAAGGGGGUAGAGUGCUUGUUUUGGGUAUCUGGUGUCAGGCAUUACUUUUGAUGCGUCCCUCUCACUGGAGCUGGUUGAACAUGAUCGGAAACGUAAUGCUGGAGAAGUUGGCUUGACAGAAUCCAUUGACAAUGGAUUUGAAGAUUUGUGGAGGCAGCAUUGUGUGGUACUUUGAAUUGCUUGUUGCAAUUUGUCUAUGUCUCCAAACUAAAUAGGAGUGUAGGGAGGAGCAAUGUUUUCAGUAGACCGUAACAUUGAGACCAGGUUCAAUGUCUUGAUUUUCAAACACCCUGCACCGAAUAGCAACCAAAUGCACCCAUUCUAUAACGAAUGACAGUUUAGAUUGAGAUAAAGGGUAGCUACUUAUAGUGGGGUCCAGAUGUCACUGCAAAUUAUGUCAAUGGAGUUAAUUGCUUAUAAAGACCAAGUAAUCAACUGCACAACUUGAACUUUGCUUUUAGCUUUUUUCUAGAUCGUGUACUAUUCAGGCUCCUGAGUGCAAAUUUUAAUAAUUUUAAUGUAGCAUGAUGUCGCAAUUCUUACUGUCUACCCUCGUUAUUAUGGACCUCGUUAUAACCAAUAUUGGUUAUAGCAGAUGGAGUGUCCCCACAGCAAUCAAACACCACUGUCUCCUGAAGAACACAAGCUGCUGUGAAAGAUCAUGGAAAUUGACAAGCAAUCACUUCUUCGAUCAAUUCUUGUGCAGUGAUACUCUAUUGAACAAUGUAACUAACAGCUUUUUGGUACACAAAAAGCUGGAGAAACUCAGCGGGUGCAGCAGCAUCUAUGGAGCGAAGGAAAUGGGCAACGUUUCGGGCCGAAACCCUUCUUCAACAUCUGCAGUUCCUUCUUGAACAGCUUUUUGGCACUUUAGCUUUCAGCAACCAAAAUACAUUUUUUGCUGGUCCAAAAGAACUUUGUUUUUGAAAACAACUUGUUGUUUCAUGGAGUGAACUGUAGCUGGUUGGAGUGAAUUCCUUACUCGAUUAUAGUGGGCAAUCUGCAAUAAGGGACACCAUGGUCUGUUAUAACGAGGGGUAUGUGUAAUUAUGAUAUUAUGAGGGGAGAAUCAGUUUGGUCAAACAAUGGAAUUGAUGUUUCAGCUUCUAUGACAUAAUAAUUGUAAAAUAUUGUCUCAUAAUUAAUUUGAAGAUAAAGUAAGGGAAUAAAGAUAAUUUGUAAAGAUAAA